AUGCAGAACAAGUGGUUAGACAUAGGAGAUUUUUGCAUCCCAUUAGCAUUAAAAUGGCGCACUUUAAUUUAUGAUUGGUCGCCAGCAUUGCUAAAAUUCUAUCUCAAUGCGUUCCAGAUGACUCUCCCAGAUCAGAGUAAUUUAGUAAGAUGGGGUAAAAGUACCGAAAAAACUUGCUAUAUCUGUGGAAAGGCAGUUGGAACUGCUAAGCAUCUGCUGGUGGGAUGUAGGGUACUCCUGGACAGCGGUCAAUACUCGCGUCGUCACGAUAGGGUUCUAGAAGUCAUACGUGAAGCGGUUAGUCUUUCGGUAGCCAGAGCGCAAAAGGAAAUAACCACAAACGAACAAUCAGUAGGUUUUGUGAUAGAAGGCACUAGGGCUACAAAAUCAAACGUCAAGCCUUACUCCAUCCUUAAAGCGGCGUCGGAUUGGACUAUAAUGAUGGACACGUAUGAAAAACAAUAUAAAAUCCCCGAGGAUAUUUGUGCGUCGGCCUCCAGACCGGAUAUAUUUUUGUUUUCGCGAAUUUUAAAGCGCGUAGUGAUGAUAGAGCUUACGGUCCCUUGGGAAACCAACAUCCCCAAAGACCAUACCAUCAAGGUCAACAAAUAUUACGAGCUCACAAACGAACUCACUCGAAAUAGGUUCGUAGUAGAUUUGUACUCGGUAGAGGUGGGAGCGAGAGGUAUAACAGCGAAAUCUCUCUACAACCUACUAAAAGACUUGGGCUUGUCCAGAACUCACAUUAAUGCAUUCUUGGAACGUACAUCGAAGGCAGCCCUAGUAGGUUCUUUUCAAAUUUGGUUAGGUAGGGAGAGGAGCUUGGACAGUGGAGGUGAGCAAUAA